AUGCUGGCACGGGCGCGUGACGGGUCCGCUGCUGUUGGGCCUGCUGCAAAGCGCAGCAAGCAUUCCUCAUCAUCUCUGCAGAAUGACGGCUCAAACGAAGACUCUCAGGAUCACAGCAGAGCUCGGGGGAGGGGGGAGGACGCCGGCAAAAUCGGGGGAGUCAACAAGGAGUUGGUGAUCCAGUUCCGGGACCACCAAGACAACCUGCUGGGGCCCCAGAUGGCCGUCCCGCUAAGCAUGCACCGCGAGCAGCUGGAGGAGCUUCUGAACAAGCUGCUUCUGGAAGACCCCGCGGGCGAGGACGAAGACGAGGACGAGCGGAAGCUGAAAAAGUCCUUUUCGUUGACUGUUGACAACAACCGGAUCGAGAUCAUCGAGUCUCUGCAGGAGGCCUUCGAGGCGACGACCGACCCCUCCACAGAGCGCGUGCUGCAGAUUCGCUACGCGCCUCUCGCGGCGUUCAAAGUGCGGCCGCUCACACGCUGCUCAACCUCCCUCGAAGGCCACACCGAGGCCGUUCUGUGUGUCGCAUUCAGCCCCGACGGGAGUCAGCUCGCCUCUGGAAGCGGUGACAUGACGGUUCGCCUCUGGUGUCUGAACACUGAAACGCCUCUGCGGACGCUCAAGGGGCACACCGGCUGGGUGCUGUGUCUCUCCUGGGCUCCGCACGGUCAGAUCUUCGCGUCGGCUGGAAUGGACGGCUCAAUUCGGCUCUGGCGGGGCGAGUCCGGCGACGCGGUCGGCGCGCCGCUGAAGGGUCACUCGAAGCCCAUUACUGCGCUCGCGUGGCAGCCGCUUCACCUGGCGAAUUUGCCCGCUGCGGACGACGCGACGACGAGCGAGGACGGCAAACUCCGAGUGCCUGCGCUGAUGCUCGCCAGCGCCUGCAAGGACAGCACCGUGCGCAUUUGGAAUACCGGGAACGGUCAGUGCCUCCGCGUCCUCUCUGGGCACCGCGAAAGCAUCACGCAGGUGAAGUGGUCGGGCGAGAAAGAAGGAUACCUCUACACGGCCUCGCGGGACACGACGCUCAAAGUCUGGGACUGCAUCACCGGCCGGCUAGUUUCGGACCUGAAGGGCCACGGGCACUGGGUGAACUCGCUCGCGCUCAGCACAGACUACGUCAUUCGCGCGGGGCCCUACGGAGAGAAAGGCCAGCAAAAGUUCGCCGCUUUCCAAGAAAUGAAAGAAGCCGCAAAGAAACGCUAUUCCGCAUGCGUCAAGAACAGUGGCGGCGAAAAAGUCCUGUCUGGCUCCGACGACUCGACGCUGAUCCUCUGGAAGCACGCCGGGGCGCCCAAGGGCCUGGUGCAGGUCUGCCGCAUGAGCGGCCACCAGAAGGUCGUCAACCACGUUGUCUUCUCUCCUGAUGGGCGCUACUUGGCUUCCGCCUCCUUCGACAAGUCCAUUCGCCUCUGGGACGGUCGCAACGGCGUCUAUCUGACAACGCUGAGAGGACAUGUCGGGCCCGUGUACCAGCUGGCAUGGAGCCCGGACAGCCGUCUCCUUCUUUCAGCCAGCGGAGACAGCACACUGAAAGUCUGGCAGGCGGAGACGAGAAAACUGAAAGCAGAUCUGCCGGGACACGCUGACGAAGUUUACGCCAUCGACUGGAGUGGAACCGGCGGUUACGCAGCCUCAGGUUCGAAGGAUCGCGUCCUCAAAGUGUGGAGGAACUGA